AUGCUUAAGGACAUUUUGGCGAAUGUCAACAUGAUGAAACGUCGGCUGGAAGAACCAAACACAUUUUCCAUGUCAUCUAUGAACAGUACAAAGCGGUUGAAACUCGUAGAAAUGUAUAAUAUCAAAACCGCAACACAACUUGUAUCAUUCAACGAGCUUUCUACAAUUGGUUUUGAACCUGAACAGUUUGUGUGGGAUAAUAGCCAUAUGGAAGACUGGCACUCAAGAGCUUACACUGAUUACAUUUGCACCAACUUUCUCGGACUUGAAUAUCUUAAGAAUCAUGUUGUAUUGAAUAUAAGUCAAAACAAAUCCUACUUUGAUGCUCCUCACCUGCGUGGCACAGCUGAUGUAAUUGUGCAUACAAAAACCAUUGACAUGCUCAGAAAAUGUGCGAUUGAGCUUGUGGUAGAAGUGAAAAAGACUGUUACAGAAGCAAACACAAAUCAGGCAAUUGCAGAACUUAUUGCUGCAAAUCUCAAGAAAAAAAAUGAGGAAAUCCAACAGACAUUUCCUUUAUUUGAAAGAAGAGCUGAGUUAGAAUAUAGAGCAGUUGAAGAUAUUGAUAUUGAUAAUGAUGUAGGUAACCUUGAUGAUUUUGCAGAGGAGAUGACACCAUUAGAGUAUGAGGCACAUAAGAUAACAAAAAAGCUUGCCCAAUUUCGUCCUCAUGUGCCCCUCAUCUACCGUCAAUGGUUUCCCUGUAGGGUGGUAGUACAAGAUGAUGUUCUGACAAUGAUAUGA